AUGGACCCAAGAUAUCCAAAUCAAAAUCAAACAAGAGCGUGUUAUGACAACUAUUGCGAUUACUACAAAUGCAAACGUUUACUUGGCGAUGUUGAUGACUGUACAAUCUUCAAACGCUAUUUUGAAACCAUCUGCCCCAACUUUUGGAUAAGUCAGUGGGACGAACAAAGAAGCAAAGGCGCUUUCCCUGGACCUAUU